UUUCAGCUGUUUAGUAUUUCUAUGAGUAUUUAGAUUAUUUUUUAUGAUAGGAUACUAAAUAACUUGACAUAAGAAUGCCCUAAAAGUGCCGAAAUAUAUUUUGAUUCUUUGGAUCAAGUGCUGUAGUUCACAGACAUGGGUAUUACAGGAUUAAUACCAUUUCUGGAGAAAGCCUCCAGAAGGGCAAAUGUAGGCGAAUUCAAUGGAUGUACAGUUGCAAUAGAUUCAUAUUGUUGGUUGCAUAAAGGUGCAUUUGCUUGCGCCGAUAAACUUGUGCAAGGAUUAGAGACAGACAUUUAUGUAAAGUACUGUUUGAAGUAUGUAACAAUGUUAAUAUCAAAAAAUAUAAAGCCCAUAAUGGUGUUUGAUGGUCGUCAUCUCCCCGCAAAAGCCAUGACGGAAUUGAAGAGAAGAGAAUCUCGACAGUUAUCCAAGAAGAGAGCAGCUGAAUUGUUAAGUUUGGGACAGAUGGAGGAAGCUCGUUCGUACAUGCGUCGUAGUGUAGACGUGACACAUGAGAUGGCGCUGGCUCUCAUCAAAGAGUGCAGGAACCGCAACGUGGACUGUAUUGUAGCACCCUAUGAGGCAGACGCACAACUUGCCUACCUCAAUAUAAAUAAUAUAGCACAAUUAGUUAUUACUGAGGAUUCUGAUUUGAUAUUGUUUGGCUGUACUAAGGUACUUUUCAAAAUGGAUCUUGACGGAACUGGAACUCUGGUGGAAACAGUUAAACUACCUUUAGUUAUGAAAUGUGCAAUAGAAAGUUAUACAUUUGAUAAAUUCAGACAGAUGUGCAUUAUGUCUGGAUGUGAUUAUUUAGCAUCAUUACCCGGUAUUGGUUUGGCUAAAGCGAGACAAUUCGUUGUUGCGACGCAGGACCCCAAUUUUGCUAAUGCUCUAAGAAAGUUACCGAGUUUCUUUAAUCGAUUGAAUUUAGUCGUAACGGAUGAGUAUAGAGAAAAUUUCCUAAAAGCUGAGGCUACAUUCAAGCAUCAAUAUGUUUACGAUCCUUUAGAAAGGCGGAUGGUUCGAUUAACUGAGAUUGAUGACGAAGAUUUGGGGAAAGCAUUAUGUGUUAAUGCGGGAGAAUUGUUAGACCCUAAAAUAGCUUACCAGCUGGCACUUGGUAAUUUGGACCCUUUCAGUUUGAAGAAGAUGGACGAUUGGGACCCUGAUAACAGGCAAAAUGAGAAAUAUAAUAUAAAAACAUCAGGUUGGAAUGAAAAACCUUCAAAUCAUCCGAGUAUAUGGAAUGAAGGGUAUAGACAAUAUUUAAAAGAUCCAACACCAUGGUUGAAAAAGAUUAAAAAGGUAGAACCUAUUAUAGCCAUACCACAGACAAGGGUAAAAAAGAAAAUUGUUAAUUUAGUUAGUAAAUAUGUACCGGAAACACAAGAUAUAAGUUUAACUAUUGAAUCGUUAAAUAGUAUGUAUUGUGUUGAACCGUCAGCAAAAAAACAAAAAAAUAAUAUCAGUUCCGAUACUGAGAUAGAAACAGAAAGUCAAAAAAUACACAACAUAGCUCUUACAGAAGAUGAAAUAUUAGAUGAAAAAUUGGAAAAAAAUAAAAAAUCACCGAUAAUAGAAAACAGAAAGAGAUUUAAUAGAAAAUUCUUAAAUAAUAGCAGUUUUUCAGUUUUAAAACGAUUAAGUAAAUUUCCAAGGACAAUAUUAGGUGAUAAUGUUAUUGAAAGCAAAUUUUUUACUACAUCUAGUAUUGAAAAUAAUAUAAAAGAUACUACAUUAGAAGAAUCAACAAAAUCAGAAAAUGGAGAAAAAAAUCAAACUGAUUUAUUUAAUAAUGCAAUAGAAAUAGACACACAAUGUUCAGAAAUACCGAAUACUUUAAAAGAAAAUUCUCAAUUUUCUAAUACUAUCGAAUGUAAGAAAAGUCCAAUUUUAGAGCCGAAGUACAAGAAUAGAAAUCCAUUUAAAAAAAAAGAAGAAUCUCAACUUAGUAGCAGUUUAAGUGACGAUUCUGUGAUAGAUAAUACAUAUCCAAUGGAAAAUUUAGUGACACCGGUCGAUACACAGGAAUCUUUUGGCGAUUCUCAACCGCAAAUAUCUUCGCCAAUAAGUCUAGAUAAAUACAGAGUAAAUACUAAAGAAACACGAAAUGGUGUUAAUGGUAUAAAGAAAUCAAGUUGUAAAGUAUCUGGACUGAAGCGGACAACAUCAUUACCGAGUAAUCAGCCAACUUUGUUGAGCAAGUUUGGCUUUCAGAAGAAACCAGUGUUGAAAAAAUAGACUUAAGUUUUAAUAACAUUUUAAUUGAUGUUUAAUGAUAAAUA